AUGCCUCCGACUCCGACACCUCCCCCACCAUAUCCUCACUCGCAAGCGAAUUAUCAACAUCCCCAAACACCGCCCACCUACCCACCUCCCCAGCCUUACUCGCAGCCCGCCGGCUCGGCUGCAUACCAAAGGCUUCCUGGGUACAACAACGGGCCGACCGCAAACCUCCCGCACGCGGCUCCAUAUACUACGCAAGCUACGCCAACCUACCCUCCCAAUGUACCUCCACCACAGCAUGGUCCACCGUCAAAUAACCCGAUGAUGAUGGGCACCCCAUGGGGUGGUCCAACAGCACCUCAUGGACGAGGAGGCUGGCCAUCCCAUGCGCACAACAACCACGGAUCCAAACCUCGACAUCACAACAACAAGCGCGACCAUACGUCUGCGUUCGGCAAGCCACAGUCAACAGUACCUCGAACCCCGGCACCACCGCCAGUCCCCAGCUUCGGCAACCCACUCCCUUCCAAACCUCCACCCGCAGCCGAUGCCACGCGGAAGCCGAAGAAACGCAAGAGAAAGCACAACCAGCUGGGACUGACACCAAAGACUGAUGACCACGAGUCAAGCGAGGAAGAAGAAGAUGUGGAUGAGGAGACCAAGCUUGCGCAAACUAGCGCUGAUGCCUCUGCUCCUCUCCAAUUCAGCUACCGAGGGCAAACAGCGACGCUACAGUCGCAGUCCGAUAUAGCAGCGUGGAUCGCAGAGCGCAAGAAGAGGUUCCCGACGCAGGCGCGUAUCGACGAGAAAAAGAAGGCUGCCGAGGAAACCAAGGCCGUCCGUGACGCGGCCCGGUUGGAGAAACAAAAGGACCGUCAGAAGGAAAAGGAAAAGCACAAGACCAAGCACCAGGCUUCACCUCCGAUGUCUGCUGGGGAGGCUGCUGCGCGAUCAGACCCGGCACUCGAUGCGGCGAUGAAGGCGCAGCGCAAGGCUGAGAAGAUCCGGCGCAAUCUUGAUCGUGAGCAAAAGCGGUUCGCCAAAGCUGAGGCUGAGGCAGAGGCUGCGCGGCUGAAGGUGGAGGCGCUGCAGAGACAAGCUCAAGGCUUGAGGGAUAAGGAAUCCGUGAGUGAUGGGUUGCCUGGUACUGAGCUGCCUGCCGUACCAUCUACGGAUGCUGGAUCAGGAGGCGUGGAAACUUCCGAUUUGGAAGUUCCCAAUGCUCCUGAAUCAUUGCCAGGCGAGAUUUCAACAUCUGUUCCAGUUCCCGUCUUGGUCUCAGUUCCCGCAGCAGCUAUUGACGCCGCCGCGAACCUCGUCAAUCCCAAUUCGGACAUGGACUCCGAAGACUCAGACAGCAGCGACUGGACCUCAUCUAGCGGCUCAGGCUCAGGCUCAGGCUCAGAUUCAGGCUCAGAAGCGGAUUCCGAUUCCGAUAACGACGACCACGACUCCGCACCUGAGGAAGUGAGCUCGCGGCGCCAGGGCCCCGAGCGGGUUCCCGCGCCACCACGCGAAGGCAAAAAAGUCGCCUGUCGGCACUUUGCGCGCACGGGGCGAUGCAAUCGGGGCGACCGGUGCAAGUUCUCGCACGAGGUCAGCGAGAAAGGGCCCAAGGUCAAGCCAGCAGAGAAAGAGAAGAAGGGACGAAAGGGACUACUUCAAGCUCUGCUGGACCGGCAAAAAGUUGACGAGGACCGUCGGGCAAUGGAAGUCAUUUCCUGGCUUGGGCAGAACGGCCAUUUAGCCGCGCUGACACCGGGUGACGCGGCCAGUACCACUGCCAAUGCCAGUGCCAAUCCUGAUGCCAAUUCUCAUGAUAAUGCCAACGUCACCGUGGACGUUAGUGUGAAUGAUGGCGCCACUGUGCUGGCGAACAGCGCCCCGCAAUCGGAUACCCCAGCCUAG